AUGUGCCGGGGGGGAGCGUUCCAAAAGAACCUUGACCUUAUCCAGACAGUCAUCAUUGUUACACCCUCCAAGUCAGGCCAUGUUCACGAAGGAUUGGUUUGCUUGAGGCAGGCACGACCAACUAGCUUCGUGAUUUUAUCCGACGUGAUUUAUUCGGGGUUGUUCUUGUUCCGACGCUCCGUGUAAUAUCAACGCCGCCGUUUGGCGGGUGGAUCAAGGUAACGACCGACCGACUCCCCGGGGCCAAGAAGAUCGAUUUGGGCUACGGGAGGGAGGUCAUCAUGCAUCGGUGCACCACUUGAGCGGAAUGGACGCCCGCGGUGGUGAAACAGAGCUUGUGCAAGUCGGUUGUGAUGCUGCCUGUCAUGUUUUUUACCCUUUUGAGC